UGUCACAAUGCUGCUGCUACUGCACAGAGCUAUGGUCCCGGGGCUCCAACAGGCCUCCAGACUCAGGUCAACCUUGAGGCUGUGCAUUCGGGCCUGCUCUACAGAUGAUUCAUUUCAGCCCCAGCACCCCAGCCGCACCUUCUCUGAUGAUAACUCUGCCAGAAGGGGCUGGGGGGUCAUGGGAACCCUGCUGGGCCUUGGUGCAGUGUUAGCCUAUCACGAAUGUCGGUGCAGGGCUGAUCAGGAGUCACCACGCGUGUACACGAGGGAGGAAGUAAGCUCCCACUGCAGCCCUAAAACUGGGAUCUGGGUGACUUUUGGCCAUGAGGUCUUUGACGUCACAGAAUUUGUGGACCUACACCCAGGGGGGCCAUCAAAGCUGAUGCUAGCAGCUGGGGGUCCCCUAGAGCCUUUCUGGGCCCUCUAUGCCGUUCACAACCAGCCCAAUGUGCGUGAGAUACUGGCUCAGUACAAGAUCGGGGAACUGAACCCCGAAGAUAAGGCGCCUCCAACCUUGGAGAACUCUGACCCUUAUGCUGGUGAUCCUCCACGUCACCCGGCCCUGAAAGUCAAUAGCCAGCGCCCCUUUAAUGCAGAGCCCCACCCUGAGCUGCUGACAGAAAACUACAUCACACCCAAUUCUCUCUUCUUUACUCGGAACCAUCUGCCUGUACCCAACCUGGACCCAGACACCUACCGCUUGCAUGUAGUAGGGCCACCUGGGGGUCAGUCACUGUCCCUGUCCUUGGAUGACUUGCGCCAGUUCUCCAAGCACGAGGUCACAGUCACUGUGCAGUGUGCCGGCAACCGGCGUUCUGAGAUGACUAAGGUCAAAGAAGUAAAAGGUCUGGAGUGGACGACAGGGGCUAUAAGCACUGCACACUGGGCUGGGGCGCGGCUCUGUGAUGUGUUAGCCCAGGCUGGCCACCACCUUUCUGAAACUGAGGCCCAUGUUUGCUUUGAGGGGCUGGACUCAGACCCCACUGGAAGUGCCUAUGGAGCAUCCAUCCCUCUGGCUCGGGCCUUGGACCCUGAAGCUGAGGUCCUGCUGGCAUAUGAGAUGAAUGGGCAGCCUCUGCCUCGAGACCACGGCUUCCCUGUGCGUGUGGUGGUUCCUGGUGUGGUAGGUGCCCGCCAUGUGAAGUGGCUGGGCAAAGUGAGUGUGGAGCCAGAGGAAAGUUAUAGCCACUGGCAGCGGCGAGAUUACAAGGGCUUCUCUCCAUCUGUAGACUGGGACUCUGUAGAUUUUGAUUUGGCUCCAGCGAUUCAGGAGCUUCCUAUCCAGUCGGCCAUCACACAGCCCCGGGAUGGGGAGACGGUAGAGUCCGGGGAGGUGACUGUGAAGGGUUACGCAUGGAGCGGUGGUGGCAGGGCUGUAGUCCGGGUGGAUGUGUCUCUGGAUGGUGGCCUAACCUGGCAAGUGGCUGAGCUGGAUGGAGAGGUACAGCGCCCCCGGAAAGCCUGGGCCUGGCGGCUAUGGCAGUUGCAAGCCCCUGUGCCUGCUGGGCAAAAGGAAUUAAACAUUGUUUGUAAGGCUGUGGAUGACAGCUACAAUGUACAGCCAGACACCGUUGCCCCAAUCUGGAACCUGCGAGGCGUGCUCAGUAAUGCCUGGCACCGGGUCCACGUUCAUGUCGCCCCAUGAGAACAUAUGGAACGGAGCCAUUUACACCCCCAGAACCACCUUCUCAACCCCUUUCUACACACACCUAUCCCUUGGCUGUCAUUGCCACAGGAAAACCUUUCUCUCUUUCUCUCCACUUCUUGGAUCACAAUCCUAUACUAAGCCUUCCUGAGUUAUAGACAGGUACAUUCCACCUUGGCAUGCUCCCUGCAUUGACACUAUUACAUAUCCCUCCUUGCUUCUCACCUUGUGCCAGGAGGUGAGAGCUGUUGGAAGAAGGAGCUAGAAGUGCGAAA